AUGCAGAGAGGUAAUAUGAUAUGCUUUAGACCGUGGCAAAAAUUAGAUUACAGUCAAAGAGUCCAUUUCAGAGACUUGUGGGUUUAGUUAUUACUGGAUAGUUCUCUUAAGAGUUAUGAAUUUCUGAAAUGAUGUAAUACAAAGGAGUAUUUUUGUCCAAGAGAAGGGAUUCAAGCAGAAAAGCACUGCAAGGCUGUAACAGUGUCUUUGGUUGGUUUUUGGUUUGUUUAAUAUUUUUUAAUUUUUUAUUUAUUUAUUUAAUUUCAGAAGGCUGAGACCAAAGAGGAAUUUGUUAAAGUUAGAAGGAGGGAUUUGGAAAGGCUGACAACUGAGGUUAUGCAAUUGCGGGAUUUCUUACCCAAAAUAGUAAAUGGGGAUAUCCUGGGGACAUUCCAGAAACUGGAUGCUAUUGAAUCAAACAUGGAGAAAAAGGAGGAGGAAAUAGAGCAGCUGAAAAUGGAUUGUGAACACUUCAGAGCCCGUCUGGAAACCGCCCAGGCAGAUUGCAUGAGAGAGAAGAAGGAGAAACUAGACCUCCGCCAGCAGCUGAAUGAGGCCAAGCAGCAGCUUCUGCAGCAAGCAGAGUAUUGCACAGAAAUGGGUGCAGCGGUGUGCACAUUGUUGUGGGGUGUAUCUAGCAAUGAGGAAGCUGUUAAAACCAUUCUAGGAGGAAGUAAAGCAGUAAAGUUUUUCACAAUCACUGCACAGACCAUGGAGAGCUUUGUGAAGUCAUUAAGUGAAGACAUGAAACAGCAGGAUUUGGAUUCUGAUGAAAAUCAAUUUGUAUUAGCUUUGGCAGGGAUUGUAACAAAUGUGGCUGCGCUGGCAUGUGGCCGUGAGUUCUUGGUUAGUUCAAGUCGUGAAUUACUGGACACGAUGAUGCACCUCCUGGGAGACAUGAAGCCGGGACUCUGUACCAAAUUUAAAGUGCUAAUGCUAAUGUCACUUUACAAUGUGAGCAUCAACUUGAAAGGCUUGAAGUACAUCAGUGAAAGUCCAGGUUUUAUUCCUUUGCUUUGGUGGCUAUUGAAUGACCCAGAUACAGAAGUUUGUCUUCAUGCUCUGCGUCUCCUCCAGUCUGUGAUUCUGGAGCCAGAAGUAUUAGCCAAGUCAGCCUCUGAGAUGCGUGAUACUUUGCCGUUUCAGCGUAUCAUUGCACUGUCAAAGAGCCGCAAUGCGGAUCUGCAAGCACUUGCAAAAGAACUACUUGAAGAUCUUAAAAUACUUGAGUAUGAAGCAUAG